UUACUGCGUGAAAUGUGCUUUCUUCUGAAGAGGAAGGCGCGUAAACUCCUCUUCUUCCUCCCUCCUCUUUGCGAGGCGUUCCAUGUGCUGGUGCUCUGCUGCGCGCUCCCGUGUUGGCUCGGGCUUUUAACUGACUAACGGAAUUAGAACUUUGACUGAGCUCCGGUUUCAUCCAUCUUCUGAAGUUCAGUUCGGAGGUUCGGGUUGGAGACGGUUGGGAGUGUUUUGGGUUUGAAAGUCUAGUUUUAACCGAAUAAAGGCAUGGAGGCUCAUGGAGUUCUCUCUCUGCUGUGCGUUGCGCUGUGCGCUGGGGCGCUCGCACAGCAGACCGACAGACCCAAGUUCUGGGAGUGUCCGGUGGACCUGUUCUUUGUGCUGGACACGUCUGAGAGUGUUGCUCUGAGGGCCAAACCUCCCAACUUCUACAUCGACCAGAUCAAGAGCUUUACUGAACGCUUCAUCAUGGAGCUCAAAGAGAUGCGCCAGCCAUGUGACCGCUCCCUGACGUGGAACUCCGGAGCGCUGCACUACUCUGAUGAGAUCAUCUUAGUGCGCCAGCUGAGUGACAUUGCCACUGAGCGACAGGCACUCAUCAGUGACAUCAAAGGCAUCAGCUACAUCGGCAAGGGAACACACACUGACUGUGCCAUCAAGAGAGGCAUCGCUGAGCUGCUCAUAGGGGGCUCCCACUACCAGGAGAAUAAGUACAUCGUCGUGGUGACGGAUGGGCAUCCUCUAACAGGUUACAAGGAGCCCUGUGGGGGGUUACAGGAAGCUGCCAAUGAGGCCAGGCACCACGGGGUUAAAGUCUUCUCUGUCGCCAUAUCACCUGACCAGGAGGACACCAGACUGUCAGUGAUUGCUACAGACCAGAACUACAGACAGAACUUCACAGCAGCUGACAACAGCAGAUCCACCCAGCUAAAGACCAUACGCAGUAUCAUAGAUAUGAUUACCAAUGAGACCAAGGAUGUGUGCUGUUCUUUCGACUGCAACGCUAAAGGAGGUCCCAAAGGACCAGUAGGAGACCUCGGGUCCAAGGGUGAAACAGGUAGACAGGGGAUGCCAGGGGAGAAGGGAGACAUCGGGGUAGAUGGAAAUUUGGGAGACCCCGGCCCUGUGGGGUACCGUGGAAUGAAGGGCGACCGUGGUGGAAGAGGUGACAAGGGCGAGAGAGGCCAUAAAGGCUACAAGGGAGACAAAGGACAACGGGGAACAGAUGGAGUUGAUGGACGUAAGGGUGAUCCAGGCUUUUCUGGCCUAGCCGGCUGUAAAGGUUCCCCAGGACCUGACGGCUCACAAGGAGACGGAGGUCCUAAGGGAGAUCCUGGUCCAUACGGAACCAAAGGAGCUAAGGGAGAUCAGGGGAAAGACGGAGAACCAGGACGACCCGGCAACUACGGACUGCCCGGAGUCAAGGGUACACCGGGCCCAAAAGGAGCCAAUGGGGACAAAGGACAGCGGGGUGAUGAUGGAGCACCUGGACCGGACGGCCUCCGGGGAGACAAAGGAACCCCAGGAGAGAAAGGAGAACAAGGAACCCGUGGAAACAGAGGACCAAGAGGAGAUUUGGGUGACCCAGGACCUCGUGGAGAUCAGGGCAGAGAGGGUUCAUCUGGAGCCAAUGGAGAGCCUGGUGACAUUGGCAGGGCGGGGUCUCCAGGAUACAGAGGAGAUGAGGGCGCCCCCGGACCAGAGGGCCCCAAAGGACCAAGAGGAAUCAAAGGAGCUCCUGGAGACAGAGGCCAGAUCGGAAACAGGGGAGAAGAUGGGGCACCAGGAAAUGGAACUGAAGGUUGCCAUGGUUUCCAGGGUUACCCCGGCCCACGAGGGGGCAUUGGAGAGCCGGGCGGGAAGGGAACCCCAGGACCCAAAGGAGAUGACGGAGAGCCUGGAAACCCUGGCCUGGACAACGACUCCCCAGGUCUCCCAGGGAACAAAGGAGCCAAAGGUCACCGAGGACCUGAAGGAAACCCGGGACCAGUUGGGCCUCCCGGACCUGCAGGAGUUGAUGAUUGUGAGAUUCUGGAUAUCAUCAUGAAGCUUUGCUCGUGCUGUGAGUGUAAGUGUGGGCCCCUGGACCUGGCCUUCAUCGUGGACAGUUCUGAGAGUAUCGGCUCCACUAACUUCGCUCUAGCUAAAGACUUCAUCAUCACCGUCAUAGACCGCCUUAUUAAGGACCAGCAAGUUCGUUUUGGUUUUAAUGAGUCCAGGGUAGGCGUGGUGCAGUACAGUGGGGAUGGAGCCCAGGAGGCUGUCAGACUGGGAGACCCCAACAUUAACACACUGACUGAGCUCAAACAGGCGGUGCGGGACCUGCGCUGGCUGGCUGAGGCCACCUAUACAGGGGAGGCUCUGCAGUUCUCUCUGACCAACAUGAUUGACCGUCUGCAGCAGGAGAACCGCGUGGUCCUAGUGCUCACUGACGGACGCUCUGAUAUCACCAGAGAUAAAACACCACUCAACACACUCUGUGGGAAGGGCAUCAAGGUGGGUGGUCUGGGAGUGAAGGACUACUCUGGCCGUCAGCCCAACCAUGAACAGCUCAGUGCUGUGGUCUGUACGAGCGACCCUAAACCAGGCUUCUCCUUCGUCCUGGAGAACUUCGCUGAGCUGCUGGAUGACAGCUUCUUACAGAACCUCACCACACGCAUCUGUGAAGAUAAGAAGUGUCCUAACUACAAAUGUCCCAUCAACUUCUCAGGGGACACAGACAUUGUAUUGAUGAUGGACAGUUCAGCCAGUGUGGGACAAAGGAACUUUGACUCCAGCAAGACCUUCGUCAAGCGUCUGGCUGAGCGCUUCCUGUCUGCCGAGCGGUCCGGCCGCGCUGCCGUGCGUGUCGCCGUGGGCCAGUACAGCCGUGAACGCCGCAUGGAGGCGGAGCUGACCUCUAACCUCACCCUGCUGACCCGUAAGAUCGAUGCCGCUACCUUCCAGAAUGACGGUACUGACGUUACCAAGGCGAUGGCCUUCGCCAUGGAGCAAUUCAACACAUCAGGGGGCGGGAACAGGAAGAGGAAGCUGGUGCUGUUCUCUGACGGGAGGUCGCAGGGCGUUACCGAGGCGAUGCUGGAGAAGCGCGUACGGCUGGUGUCGGAGGCAGGAGUGGAGCUGUACGUUAUCACCGUGGGCAACCAGGUGAGCGAGGCCAACCUGCGCUCGCUGGUCAGCAGGGGGAGGAGUUACGACGUCACCUACGCCCAGCGCCACCUGUUCCGCGUCCCAGACUACCCGUCUCUGCUGCGUGGCGUGUUCUACCAGACCGUGUCCCGCAGGGUCUCCCAGGCUUGAGUGCAGGGGUCAGGGCUGGGACCACAUGCUUUAGAGUUUAGUCUCCCUCAUUAUGAAUGUCCAUUCGUACUUUGUCGCUAAUUUACAAUCACUGUGUUUUAGUUGUGUUUUUAUGUCUGAUAAUGACAGAAGACUAUUGUGUGUCAGACGGUGUAAGAGAUUGUGUUACACUGUGUUCAUGUGCUCUCUGAAUUAUCAGGACCAUCCAACCGGGAAACUCCUGAAAAACUCCCGUAACAGAAACUAGUUUCAGAUGUCUAAAACAGUUUGUUAUGAGCUUCUAAGUUGUAACAUCUCCCAGUCAGACUGUUCCCAGUUUCUCAGUUCUACAAUUCCAAGCAGCACAUGAACACAGCAUUAAACAGGAAGGUUACUGUAAAAUAAUGUUUUUUUUGUGUUUUUUUUAACAAACUUAUUUUAUGUUGUUUGUAGAUCAGAGACAGAACAGGAUAUGACAUCACUCCAUAUGUUUUAAACAUCAAAGUUAAACAUUAAACAUCCUCCCUAUAGACAACCUGGUCAAAAUGAAGAUACUGAACAGCUGGACACAGACUGUUAAUGUAUGUGUGUGUUUAGGGGAAUGGUCUCUAAUGUCCAGUAUAUCAUGUAGCAUUUUCUCUAUAAACAGUUUGUCUGGGUUCACUUGUUUAGAUGAUGACAGACACACACACACAUACACACACAACCACACACACACUCCUCUCUGUAUCAGCCUCAUUAACCCUUGAAGGCUACCAACCGUAAACUUUGUUUUGGAUGGAUUAUUCAGUCCUUCAACGUUCCAGGUAACAGAUGUGUGUGUUGUCAGCAGGGAAUUCCCUCUAUAAAUUCCCUCUAAUAAAUCAUUAAUCCUCGGUGCUAUCAUUCAGAGCAAGUGUCUCAGUGUCAGAUGACCUCUGUAGCAGUAGACUUCUACAUGUUAAACUGAUGUCUUGAUCUGAAAGAAAACAUUUUGUUUGUACCAAGCAAGUUGCUUCAUUAAAUGCCGCGUCACCCCCCAA